AUGGCCGUUUCUGCUACUUUACAGAAAGCAAUCGAUUUAGUAACCAAAGCAACUGAAGAAGACCGCAAUAAAAAUUAUGAAGAAGCUUUAAAAUUAUAUGAAAGCGGAAUUGAAUAUUUUUUACAUGCUUUAAAAUAUGAAACCCAAGGCGAAAAAGCUAAGGACAGCAUACGAGGUCGUUGUACACAAUAUUUAGAAAGAGCUGAAAAACUAAAAGAUUACUUAAAAAAUGGAAAAAAUAAAAAGAAACCAGUUAAGGCUGGAGAAUCAAACUCUAAAAAUGAUGACAAGAAAAAUGAUAGCGAUGACGAUGGAGAUGACCCUGAAGCAAAAAAACUACAAAAUAAAUUGGAAGGAGCUAUUGUUGUUGAAAAGCCUUGUGUGAAAUGGUCAGACAUAGCUGGCUUAGAAGGAGCAAAAGAAGCCCUUAAAGAAGCUGUCAUACUUCCUAUAAAAUUCCCUCACCUAUUUACUGGCAAAAGAAUCCCUUGGAAAGGAAUACUAUUAUUCGGGCCACCAGGGACUGGUAAAUCGUAUUUAGCAAAAGCGGUUGCUACUGAAGCUAAUAAUUCUACAUUCUUUUCUGUCUCAUCUUCUGAUCUUGUAUCUAAAUGGUUAGGUGAAUCUGAAAAACUGGUGAAAAAUCUUUUUGAAUUAGCUAGACAACAUAAACCCAGCAUUAUAUUCAUUGAUGAAGUAGAUUCACUUUGUUCAUCGCGUUCAGAUAAUGAAUCUGAAUCAGCUCGACGAAUAAAAACUGAGUUUUUAGUACAAAUGCAAGGUGUUGGUACUGAUAAUGAAGGUAUUCUUGUAUUGGGUGCCACAAACAUACCCUGGGUACUUGAUGCUGCUAUACGUAGACGUUUUGAGAAGCGUAUUUACAUACCUUUGCCAGAAGAACAUGCUCGACUAAUAAUGUUGAAACAAAAUUUAGGCAAUACCUACCAUUUACUAACUGAAGCUGACCUUAAGACAUUAGCAACUAAAACUGAAGGCUAUUCUGGAGCAGAUAUCAGUAUAGUUGUAAGAGAUGCAUUAAUGCAACCAGUACGUAAAGUGCAAACAGCUACACAUUUUAAACGAAUAGCUGGCCCUAGCCGAGCAGAUCCAAAUGUUAUUGUAAAUGACUUGUUAACACCAUGUUCUCCGGGUAGCCCUGGUGCCGUUGAAAUGUCGUUUAUGGAUGUCCCCAGUGAUAAACUUCUUGAACCCGCAGUAUCUAUGAGUGAUAUGUUACGAUCAUUGGCAACAUCGAAACCUACAGUGAAUGAUGAUGAUAUGAAGAAAUUGGAUAAGUUUACUAUGGAUUUCGGUCAAGAAGGGUGA